UGGAGGAAAUUUGCUCCUUUUUGUUUGGCCCUGAUAUGUUGUGGUAGGAAUGCUAAAGCUAAUGCUAAUGCUAAUGCGAGGCUCCAGGUGUUUUUCUAAUCAAAUCCCAGUCAGUCGACGAAUGUAUGGAGAUAUUUUGAAAACGGUUCCGUCUGAAGUCUCUGGUUCUGGGUGAAAUGACCGCCGGUGACCCGGGCUCACACACCGGGUCCAUUGUCAUGGCGAUGACAUCAUCACUCAGUACCAGCGGGGAAGAGCUCCGGUUCCCACUGCUGAUGAGGGCAGCAGACCGAGCUGCUGGAGGACAAACGAACCGCUUCAAAAUGGGCGUCAACGCUGUAACCAUGGUAACGGUUCUGCUCGUUUCUUGGACCCCUUCCUUCGCCACACAAGUGGGCCUCAGCGAGAAGGUCCUGGUCUUCCCGUAUGAGACGGACUUCAGCUUCGUGGCUCUGAUCCCGCAGAAGGAGAUGGCGCUGCGGGCCUUCACGCUCUGCAUGCGGGUGGCCACCGAGCUGCCUGAGGAGCGCCAGAUCAUCCUGUUCGCCUACCGCACCGCCGACUACGACGAGCUCAACGUGUGGCGCGAGAAGGACGGCCGCGUCUCCUUCUACCUGAGCGGCGACGGCGUCUUCUUCCGCCUGCCGCCGCUCAGCACCUUCCGCACCAGCCUCUGCCUCACCUGGGAGUCGCGCUCCGGCCUGGCCGCCUUCUGGGCGGACGGCAGGCGCAGCACCUACCAGGUGUACAAACCGGGCCACAGCGUGAGGCCCAAGGGCACCGUGCUGCUGGGCCAGGACCCGGACAAACACCUGGGCGGCCUGGAGGCCACGCAGAGCUUCGUGGGCGAGAUGACGGACGUCAACAUGUGGGACUUUGUGCUUUCUCGGAGCAUGAUCCAGGCCUGGCACUACGGACACAAAGUCCCCAAGGGGAACAUCUUCGACUGGGCCAGCUUGGAGUACGAGCUGAGCGGCAACGUGCUGGUGGUGGACGACGACUGACGCGAUGCGGGGGACCCGGCGGGCCGAGGCCCGGCUGUGGAGGGCAGCGCCGCACUGCGGCUGCUGGCGCCGGCCCUGUGGUGGUACGCAGGAGGAUCAGGGCCGGUCUGGGUGGAAUGAAGACACACAGGGGGACAUUUACACCAAAACUCAGCUUCAAAAGGCAAAAACUGACUUGGAAAACUCAGAAAUUUUAAGAUUAAUCUAAAAAAAAUGUUGCAGAAAAAACUUUCAAAAGUUUUAAAAUUUGCGAGAAACCCCCCAGAAAUUUGGGAAUUAAUCGCAUCAGUUUUUCAGAAAAAACUUGAAAAUUUCUCAGUUUGAAAAGUUAAAGGUGUGCUAGAAAAAAAUCUGAAUUUUUUUAGAUUAAUCUCAGAAAUUUUAUAGAAAACACACGGACACUUCUGAGUUUGAAAGUCAAAAAUCUUCUAGAAGAAUCUCAGAAAUGUUUACAGUAAUCCCAGAGUUUUUCUAGAAAAAAACAAGGCUGCCCUGAAAUAUUUAACAUUUUCUACAGAAACAGAAAAACAGAAACAUCUACCAAAUUGCCACAAACGUUCUCAAAUUUAAAUUUUCAUCUCUGCCUUUUAGUUUUUGUAUUUCAGAUUUUCUUCACUUGGUAACUUUGAGAUUAACACAACAUAACACUUUUAAUCUUUACUUGAAUAUUCUGCUCCUUUAAUCUCAGAUUACUAAUGAUUGGAAAAGUCCUGAAACGUUUUAAACUCCAUUAAUGCUUCAUUUGUUCAAUGUUUACCAAUUUCCUAAUAACCUCUAAAGAGUCAUUGAUAGUAAAGGUCAUUGUUAGCAAGCUAAAUAUUGAGCUAAUUAUUUAGCACCAAGCUAAAUAAUUAUUAAACUAUUUAAUUUCUACUCCAGAUCAUAUCAAACCAGAAUGGGCCACUCCUUUCUCUAAAACAGCAGUGUUAUCUAACCAAGUUUAAUGGAUGGAUGUUUGGAGUUAGAAUCACUCCAAGGGCCACAAAUGGCCCCCGGGCCGCAUGUUGAACAACCCCGCUUAUAUUCUGACUUUAAUAUUUGGCAGGUUAAUAAACUGUGUCUCUGAGAGCUGCUGUACUAAAUACCAUCUGCUAAACAUUAACUUAACUUUUCAUUAUUUUUUUUGAAUCUGUAAAAGAUAAAAAUAAAAUAAUUUCUAAAACUUUGA